AUGGGGUCUGUGUCAAAUGAGACCAUCUUCAGCUGCCCACUAUCACCCGUCUCCUCCAGUCCAGAACAAAAACUGCCUCUUGAACAGGAACAGGAAGGGGAAGAAACCGAGAAUAUCAGCAUCCUAAACCAGAUCAGUGAAAGAGAGACCGCCACAAAUGAAUUCCAAGAAUCCCCAGAUGCAACAAGUCCAUUAAGACAGACCCGUGAGGAAGAGGCUGAAGAAGAGGAAGCUGAGAGAAAAAGUGUCCUUAAUCCAUCCUCAUCUUCAAAUCUUCAUCCCACUGUCUCAGCAGAAGAAAGGACUGAGAUCAAUAGUGACCUACCCAAAGACCCAGAGUCCAAGGAUCCAGAUCAUCGCCCCAUCCAGGGACACCAACCACCUAAAAAUGACUCUCACCUCACCAAGAGAGAUAAAAAGAUCAUCGAAAAGAUCCGGAGCUACUACGAGGCUGCCGCAGAGGCUGAGGAAGAGGAGGGACAGGAAGAAGAUGAGCUGAGAGACGAAGUAAGGAGACGAAACAGUUUCUCUCAAAUCCCCACUGGCUUGGUGAAAGAGUCAGUAUCGCGCUUUAGUUUGGGUGAACAACAGGGGGAGCUGGUGAGCACACAGUCUGAACAUGACUGUGAAGAACCAGAACAGGACAUUGAGUCCACUACUACAACUGGUUCCACGUUCAUUCCAGCUAAACCAAACUGUGAUGAAGAUACAGAUAAACCAAUAAGUUUUAUGUUUCCUGAUCCAGAGGAGCCAACAGUGUCUACUGGGAUCCAAGACCAGGAGUCUCCGACUCAAACAGGUGUGAAUCCAGAAUCAAGUGCAGACAGACUUAUUGAAGAAGAGAUUGAGAUCCAGGACAGACCUGAGGACAUCUACGGAGAAUCUUCAGAGAAGAGAGUACAGGAAACAGAGGGGGAGACAGUUGUUGUGGUUAGUGAACAUAAAGAUGGAAAUUCAUCAGGAAAAGAAGGUUCAUCUCUUUCUGAAGAUCCCAAAUCCACCGUAGAAGGAAAAUCUGGUGCUAUGGAUCAACCUGUUAAUAAUUGGCAUGAACCCAACCAAGCAGAACCCAUCAGUGGCUGGGCAGAACCCUCAUUAUACUCGACAACACAAGAACCAAAAAACAAAAAGAGCAAAGCCACCUGGUCUAAAAGCAAAACCAGAGACCAGGCUGGAGCCAAGGAGAACUUGGGGAGUAUCCCCAGUCAGAUAAAAGUAGGUCGAUGGUCUCGACACUCCAGGAUUGUGACUGCUAAUCGAGCGUUGUUUGAAGGAAUGGCCUCGGAUGUCACUGGUAUUGGGUUAUUUGAGUCGAACCCGGUGGUGGACCCUGUCCUGAUGGAGAAUUCAGAGCGUAUUCUAAGCAAGGUCCAAAAACUGGCUCAGAUGUACAGCACCAAAGCCAGCACCAUGAAGGUGCCACUGCAUCAGAAGCAGGCCAGCAGUGUACGAACUCAGUCAUGGACAUGUGCCAGACUGACUGGACGUUUCACUCAGAACCAAGACAGAAGUUGUACACAGCACCACAUUGAAACAUACCAAGGAGAACCUAAAUGUGCAACUGGUUCUGAGACCAAAGCUGACAGCCAAGCCAGCACACAGACCAGGCAGGAAUCAGGCAAAGAUGAUGAUCAGAAGCAGGUCCAAAUCAUGACCCUGGAGUCCCAAGAUGUCCAGGAGAAGAAGAUUAUGACGAAGGCAGAAAACCAGACCAAGGAUCUACGAGACCAAGUGGUGUCACCUCAGCAGUAUGGCCAUAUGACCCCGACCUGUCCUGGAUUCAUGCUCUCCAGACCCAGGGACUUCAUCUCUGCCUUGACCAAAGAGUCGAGCCUGGGCUGCACUUUAAGUAACAAACCUCUGACUACACCAGGAGAAUCUCCAUCCUCUCUGAGUGAAGUUCUGUCUGAAACACCUUCUUCUCCAGAAUCCUCCCAUCAGCACGGGACACAGGUGAAGGAUCAGGGGUCCAGCUGGUUCCACUGUACCAGAAACAGCCCCUCAGUAUCAGCUCCAGCACUUGGGACUGUAAAUGUUCACUGUCAAAGUUCAGAGCUGGAGGACUGCUCUAUAGCGAGAGGAGAAGGUCUUCGUGUUUCUUCAAUCUCUGAAGUGGAACAGAAAGGAAUCGGAUUGGAGGAGGACCAACGACUCUGUGUUUACUCAGUUAAAAAAGACUCGACAUCUGCAAACAUCGUCACCCAUCCUGCGUCCUCUGUUGGAGAAGACCCAACUUCUGGGAACAUUGUCACCCAGGCUGUUUCCUCUGUCAGAGAUGAUUCAACAUCUGGACUAACUUUAUCAGAGGGAACUGCUGGUCCACCACAGUGCAGAAUUUAUGAAGAUGAAGCUGAAGAUUUUGAACUAAAUGUAGCAGCUACACAGAAUAACCCAGACAACCGUGUGUCAGAACGUAUGGACUUGGGACUUGAUGAUAAGAAAGAAACUUUUAUCAGAGACGAGAAUCUGUUUUCUGGAUCUUCACUUUGGACAAAGGAGGCUUCAGGAGAGCUGCUGUUGAGUCAAGUCCCAUCAGAGUCCAGCACCACAGGGAGGUCUCACCCAGGACUUAGCAGAGAACCAAUCGCACAGGAAACGGUGGCAGAGCAAGGGGCCAUAAUGCUGGGGGUCACAGGGCAAGCAGAGAAACACCAGCCUUCAAAUGAGAGCCAUGAAGAACUUCCUGUUCCACUUUCACAGAGUUUAGAUAUGACAUCUGACUCCUCUGGGAGUCUGGACUGUAAAGGAAAGGACAAGGUAUUGUCCAGUCCAUGGUCACCAGUCCAGAUGUCAAAAUCCACAGAGCCCUGGUUUCCAUUCUCUGCAGACUGCCUCCCAACGUUCACCAGCCACGGAACAGACCUGCCAAGCUCUCAAAGCGAACAGGCCUCAUCUGUGUCCUGGAAUGCCAGCAGAUCUUCUGACUGUCACAACAGGAAGCCAGAUGAGCCAGUUCUAGGAUUCUCCACCAACACCCUCAUCUCUGGGACUUCCACCCCUGCUCCCUUAGUCUUCAGCCCCAGCCCCACACACCAGCCACCUUCUCCUCCCAAACUUCCCCCCACCUCACCAUUCAGGGUCAUCCCAGCAUCCUCUCCCACCCCUGUAUCUCCUGCAGCCUCCUCAAACCCGACCAUCACUGCUCUGUCCUGUUUAUCCCCACCUCCAUCCUCUGUGUCCACCAGAAAAAGUCCAUCUCCCUCCUGUCUUUCAUCUGAGAGGUCUUCAUCAUCGAGAACAGGCUCCUCUUCCUUUGUUCGUCCUUCACCGUUUUCAUCUCCCACCACUUCCUCCUCUGCAUUUAAUAGAUCUUUAGCUGUGUCUUGUAUCAGUCAGUCAAUCAGUCAGUGUAUAGCUAAAAGCAGCUCUGCCCGGCAACAAGCCCCACCCAUAAAGGCAGUCAAUCAAAGUCCUUCUUCCACUCCCCACCUACAACUGGACACCAGUGCACCAUCCUAUUCCAAGCUCACCAACGCACAACAUUUCACCUUUACCUACAUCUGCUUCCUCUUCCUGUCUCUCAAGGAGAAGUUCCCUGUCAAGAUCAUGUACUCUUACCUCCCAGAAUCUCCGCAGGUCAUUAUCUUCCAGCUUGGAAGACAGAUUAUCGAGUCCUGGUCUUCACCUCUGUCCUUCACCCAUUCAUCUCCUUCCAAACAAGGGAACCAGAAGGCCAGUUAUGCCACCACCGUCAACCUUCAGAUUGCUGGAAAUGAUGGUUCUGCUGCUCGUGCAAUGCUGAGAGACCGUGUGUUUCUGUGUUGUGUGUGUCUCUUUGUGCUGUUUUCCCAAACACCAUCCAGAAAAGUCUGCUCCAAAGACCUCAUCAACUGGGUCUGCACCAAAGAUCUCAUCAACUGGGUCUGCACCAAAGACUUUAUCAGUCGGGUCAAUUCCCUCACAAAGAUGGCCUUAAACCAGACGGAUGUCAAUCUCACUCUCUACACUCCAACUCUUCUGGAUUUCGAGCAGAAAUGUCCAAGCUUUGCUAUUAAAUGCUUUGAUGAAGAAUUGAAAAUCCUCUUUAGGGAACUGGACAUUCCCAGACGAAAUCUGAAUGUCAGAAAGCUGUUGACGUUUAAAAAGGUGAGCAGGAAACACAGCAACACAAACAGAAAAAAACAUCCGCAGUUCGACUGUCUUCAGUGUGAACUCCUCGUGGAGCAGAACGCAGAUGUAUUCCUCGGUAAUCUUCUCAGCACCGUUCAGAGGAUUAACGACGAGUCCUGCCGGAAUCCCAGUCCAGUCAGAACCUUUGGGAUGUGGUGGGACCAGAUGCUCACAUCCUGGACGUUCACACGGAUCUGCAAGAACUGUGUGACGCUGACGCGUCAAAAUGGACCAGAACCUCUGAGGAACGCCUCCAACGUUGUGCUGUGA